AUGGAGGUUAAAAUUUGCCUGCUGGUAGCCGUUUUUGGCAUCUUCAGCAUUUCGGCUCAAGUCCAAACGAUCGAAGAGAAAGUGCAAGGAUUGGCCGAUUUGACAGCAAGAUCUCCAAUCGUCAAAUUCAAUCUGGACAAAUGGAAGACUUAUGUAAGAUCUCAACCAAGAAAUUAUUCGAUGGUUGUGAUGUUCACCGCAUUGUCGUCAAGUGUCAAUUGUCCAAUUUGCAGGUGUGUUGAAUUUUUUAUUUCCUAAAUACGACGAAUAUUUUUUAGACCAGCUUACGAGGAAUUCUUGAUCGCUGCCAACUCCCAUCGUUAUACCAGCUCAGAAUCCGACAAGAAAAAGGUGUAUUUCGGAAUUGUUGACUACGAAGAUGCUCCACAAAUUUUCCAACAAAUGAAUCUCAAUACCGCUCCAAUUCUCUACCAUUUUGGAGCUAAAUUGGGAGCCAAAAAGAAGCCGGAACAAAUGGAUUUCCAAAGACAAGGAUUUGAUGCUGAUGCGAUUGGAAAAUUUGUCACCGAUCAAACCGAAGUUCAUGUGAGUUUUUUUUUUGAGAAUUCUGUGUUGAUAAUAAUUUAUUUUAGAUCCGCAUCCUACGUCCACCAAAUUACACAGCUCCAGUUGUAAUUAUUCUUCUGGCUGGACUUGUUUUGGGACUUUUGUACUUGAAAAGAAAUAGUUUGGAUUUCUUGUUCAACAGAACAACUUGGGGAGUUGUUUGUUUGGUGAGUUUAAAAAAAUAAUAUUUUAUGAUUUAUCCUUUUUCUAGGCAAUCACAUUCAUAUUCAUGUCCGGUCAAAUGUGGAAUCACAUUCGCGGCCCACCAUUCAUGAUCUCCAACCCAAACACAAAAGAAGCCUCAUUCAUCCAUGGCUCAACUCAAUUCCAAUUAGUUGCUGAAACUUAUAUCGUUGCUGCUCUUUAUUGUGUUAUCACAGUCGGAUUUAUUUGCAUCAAUGAGGCUGCUGAUGUUUCCAACAAUGAUAAAAACAAGCAAAAUAAGUCGAAAGGAUUGUUUGCUCAAUUCAAUUUGCAUCCAAACAGUGAGUUUUUCAUUUGAUGUAGAAGAAAAAAAUUAUUUAUCAAUUUUUAGCUCUCGCCAUCAUUGGACUUGUUGCUAUCUGCGUUUUCUUCUCUUUCUUGCUCUCCGUUUUCCGCUCCAAAUACCGUGGAUAUCCAUAUUCUUUCCUUUUCAGUUAA